AGUAGCGUUCCUUAGUAUCGAAAACUAUCGAUUAUUCGCUAGUUCAUCUCUAGUAAAACGUCCAAACUAUUGGAGCUCCUCAGCUGUUUAUACGGGGCCUCCGUGAAGGAGUUGUCACAGGAAUCUCUUCCAACCAAACGCGUUUGGUUUAGUGCACUGAUUAGCAAGAUAAGCGUUCAAAAUGUCCGCCGGAGUAGAGGACAUCAAGAUGGAAGCUCUGUCCCUCAGCGAGGGGAUCCGAGAAUCGCCCGUCUGCAUAAUUGUGCUGGGGAUGGCCGGUAGCGGCAAGACCACGUUUACUCGGAGUCUUAUACAGCACGCCCAGGAGAAGUUCAAUCCAUACGUGGUUAACUUGGAUCCGGCGUGCCGGGAAGUGCCGUACGCAGCCCACGUGGACAUUCGUGACACCGUCAACUACCGGGAGGUGAUGAAGCAGUACCAUUUGGGACCAAACGGCGGCAUAGUGACCGCCUUAAACAUGUUCACCACCAAAAUGUCUCAGUUUGCGGAACUGGUGCGUCGCGCCGGCGAGCGGGGACACAAGUGGUGUGUGAUCGAUACGCCAGGACAGAUUGAGGUUUUCACCUGGUCUGCAUCCGGAAACAUUAUCACCGAGGGUUUGGCCACCUUGUUUCCCACCGUCGUGGUUUAUGUUAUGGAUGUAGUGCGCAGCGCCUGUCCCACUACUUUCAUGUCCAACAUGCUCUACGCCUGCUCCAUCUUAUACAAGACGCGUUUGCCAUUCCUAGUUGCACUAAAUAAGAUCGACCUGCAGGACUGCAGCUUUGUGCUAGACUGGAUGACGGAUUUCGAGACCUUCCAGGAGGCUCUGGAGCAGGAGCAGUCCUUCGUAAGCAACCUCACGCGCACCAUGUCGCUCACUCUAGACACCUUCUACGAAAGUCUAAGCACUUGCGGCGUUUCGGCCAUGACGGGAGUGGGCUUUGCUCAGCUCUUGAAGAAGAUUUUAGACUGCGUGACAGAGUAUGAGCGGGACUACAAGCCCAUAUACGAGAAGAUGCGCCAGGAGAGAUUGGCGGACCAGGCAGCGGGACCGAAAUCAGCCCACAAUGUGGAAGAUGCCGGCGUCGCAGUUAACCUGGGAUUAGGAAUACAGGACCCACCUGCGAACUCCGGCAGCAGCGUAUUUCUUAUGGCUCCAGGACUGGUGCCCCACUCCGCCGAGAAUUAUAAGGGAGAGGACAUAGAAGAGGACCCCAAAGUCACCAUGGAGGACCAGGACUUUCACAGCUUCGUACUGAAUCACCUGUCUGCCCAGCGGAGCAAGAGGGAUAAGUUGCAGCUGGAACAGUCGGAGACUUAGAGAGAUAUGGAUCACGUUUCAGUUAGUAUCGGUUAAUAUAGUCUAUCAAAAUAGAUCAGCGGUUUGUACGCAAUUCAAUGGUGGCAGGACCAAGCUGAUCUGUUCACUAUGCCUAUGCCUCAUUGUCAUUGCUUUAUUGGGAAGCUGCUGGCCGCUGAUAUAGUUAUACAUUUUUACACAAUUUUUAAGGGAUAUUAUUUGCUUCAACAAUUAGAAACAAAUACUUAAUAUAGGACACGCGUUUUAAAGUGUUUUUACAUUUUUUCUUUAUUAUGCACUUUAACAAGCAAAAACAUUCAAUAUAGUGUGUGGGUUUGUCAUCUCCGAUCGGAUAUAUGUUUUGUACCACAAAUAUGGAUUUAGUUUAGCUUUUGCAAAUUAGUGAUAACAUAUACAUAAGGAGGAUAUAUCCCGCUCGUAAAUAUAAAUGCAAGCCUUAUACUUUGCGCGACAUAUUUUUUGUACAAUAUAUAUAUUUAUAUAUGUAUGUAUAUAUUAUGUUUGUAUAUAUGUUGAGCAAAUCAAUUUUGCGUUGCGAGUGCCUCGCCCGAUAUCUUAUGCUAUAUAGUUGCUUCUUUGGAGUUGUGUUAUUUUUUGUUAUUGGUUGCCACUUUAAAUAUUACGCUUACAAAAAUACAGAUCAUCUCAAAUACUUGUCAAUGCUUCAAAGUUAUACACAGUUUACGUAGACAUACAAUAGUCCCUCGCUUCAAACUCUAUUUCCCUUCUGGUUUACCUGCCCAAUCUGAAUUUAUACUGCAAGCUUUGUGGGUGUUUUAUGGUUACUAGCUGUGCAGGACUGUUACAAGAAUUUGUAAGCAGAUCCUUGUCAGACUAAAUUCAUUCAACAUUUUUGUGCUUCAAAUCAAAAACAGACCACUUGGCAGGGAAAAUCACUUUCUACGAAAAAAUAUUCUUAUUCUGGACGUUUUCAUUUGAUUUGAGUGUGAUUAGGUUCACACAAAAUUUAGAUAAUAGAUGGUAAUGCUUUUAUUAUAUAUAUCUUACAAAUUUAUAAUUUAAUUAAAUACAGCGCGGCCCAGAGCAGCAAUAUUGUUUAAAGGUGGACUGCAAAUUGUACAAACUCAUUUUCUGAAGACAAUUAUGUUAAGAGCUUCCCCUAUUAAUAAAGGUUUAAUAUUUUGCA